GAUUGUCGAAUAUUUAAGUAUGGACUUAUUUAAGUGAUAUCGCAGAUGGGAUAAAGCCAAUAAUAGUAAAAUACGGAAGUGGAAAAGGGUUUGUUGUGGAAAACAGAGAGAGCUGUCAUCUGCAACUGGAUUCCUGUCAUGUGAUUAUGGAAAACGUCUGUCAAGUAAGAACACACCUUUCACAUUGAAGUGCACUAAGGCAGAAAUCUCACUAUUAAUACAGGAAAAAAACAUUGGGGAAUGUAGGGCAGAGAAUGGUUCGAUUUCGGAGGAAAACAUGCAUCACUCUAACCAUUUUAAUGUCUUUAAUAUUUUUGAUUAUGAUGGCAUUGAAGACCUUAAGACCUGUUGAAUCUCGGUUUGGAAAUCCAUUUGGACUAGGAUUGUUUCCAGCUUUGCAAAGAGCAGAACCUGAAUUUCAUAAAACAAAUGUUGAAGAACAUAUAGAAAGAAGAAGUUCUAAGAACAACUUAACAAAAAGUAUGACUUUAGACAUCCAGCUCCGCAAAGUUUCUUUACCUAAUUAUAAUUUGCACACAUUUUACUAUAGUUGGUAUGGCAAUCCAAAAUUUGAUGGCAAAUAUAUUCACUGGAACCAUCCUGUACUACCUCACUGGGACCCAAAAAUUGCAACGAGUUUCCCAAGAGGAAAGCACAACCCUCCAGAAGACAUUGGUUCAAAUUUUUAUCCAUUAUUAGGUCCUUACAGCUCAAGAGACCCUGCAGUCAUAGAGGCACACAUGCAGCAGUUACAAACAGCAGCCAUUGGGGUCCUUUCCUUAUCCUGGUACCCACCUAACAUGAAAGAUGAUGCUGGAGAACCCACUGAUGAGCUGGUGCCAACAGUUUUGGAUAUUGCACAUAAAUAUCAAGUUAAGGUCACUUUUCACAUUGAACCCUACGAAGGUCGUAAUGAUCUCACCAUGCGGAGCAAUAUUCAGUACAUUAUAGACAAGUAUGGAGGACAUCCUGCGUUCUAUAAAUAUAAAACAAGGACUGGAUCUCUUCUCCCACUGUUUUAUAUCUAUGAUUCUUAUCUUGUCAGCCCUGAAACAUGGGGAAACCUUUUUAAAGAAUCUGGGCAUAACACCGUUAGGAAUACUAAAUAUGAUGGAAUCUUUAUUGGUCUUUUAGUAGAGGAAAAACAUAAACAUGAUAUUUUAGCAGCAGGGUUUGAUGGCAUGUAUACAUACUUUGCUACAAAUGGAUUUUCUUACGGUUCAUCGUAUCGCAAUUGGAAACCAAUAAAAGCUUUUUGUGAAAGCAACAACUUGAUAUUCAUUCCUAGUGUGGGUCCAGGCUACGUAGACACCAGCAUUCGUCCUUGGAAUAUUCAGAACAGUAGAAACCGCAUAAAUGGAAAAUACUAUGAAACUGCACUGAGUGCUGCCUUACAGGUUAGGGCAGAUAUUAUUUCAAUAACCUCUUUUAAUGAAUGGCAUGAAGGGACUCAGAUUGAAAUGGCGAUUCCUAAAACUGCGGGAGAAAUUACUUACCUGGAUUACCUUCCUCAAAAGUCAAGUAUCUAUUUGGACAUUACCCGCAAAUGGGCAGAAAAAUUCAGCACAGAGAGGGAAAAAUGGCUUGUGUGAAAGUAGCAUUGUUCUUUUGGCUCAUUUAUUUUU